AGAGAACAGAAGGCAGUUCACCUCUGCUCCCUGCAGUCUGGAAGCCUGUGAGAGCCCCAGCAUCCAAAGACUGGUCUUGUGAAAUCCCACCUUUUUCUGGCUGUGUGAUUGAAUGGGGCAUCCUUAAGUUUCACCUCACCUAAGAAAUAUUUGGAGAAGAUCUUCAGUAAGAGGUUAAAUUUCAAGAGUUUGCAAAUCUCAGAGGAGAAAGACAAAGCAACUCACACUUGAAGAAAUGAAAUCUCCAAGGGGAACCAUUUUGUGCUUCAUGUUUAUUGUGUUUUAUUCAUCCAAAGCUACACUGGAUUUGAAUUUAGAGUCUGUUGUUCAUCCUUUGAUUCUCCAUGAGCAUGAACUGGCCGGUGAAGAGUCACUAAGGCAAAAACGAGAGGUUUCCACGAGUAGUCCUGCAGCUGAAGAGUAUACUGUUGAUGUCGAGAUCAGUUUGGAAAAUGCAUCCUUUCUGGAGCCUAUCAAAGCUUACUUGAACAGCCUCAAUUUUCCAAUUCAAGAGAACAACACUGACCGAGUUACCGACAUUUUGAGCAUAGAGGUGACAACAAUCUGCAGACCUGCUGGAAAUGAAAUCUGGUGCUCCUGUGAGACAGGAUAUGAGUGGCCUCGGGAAAGGUGCCUCCACAAUGUCACUUGUCAUGAGCAAGACAGCUCCCUCCCAGGGUACCGAUGCAGCUGCCUUAAAGAACUGCCUCCUAAAGGACCAUUUUGCCAGCUCCAGGGAGAUAUUAUGCUGAGAAUGUCAGUAAAACUAAAUGUGGGCUUUCAAGAAGACCUCAGAAACACUUCCUCUGCCCUCUAUAGGUCCUACAAGACCGACUUGGAAACAGCGUUCUGGAAGGGUUACCAAAUUUUACCAGGCUUCAAAGGGGUGACUGUGAUAGGAUUCAGGCCCGGAAGUGUGGUUGUGUCAUAUGAAGUCAGGAGUAAGACACCAUCGCCUGAAUUAAUGCAUAAAGCCAAUGAACAAGUCAUACAAAACCUCAAUCAGACCUACAAAAUGGACUACAACUCCUUUCAAGCAGUUACUAGUAAUGAAACUAAGAUCUCUGUCACACCAGAAAUAAUCCACGAAGGGGACACAGUCAGUCUGGUGUGUGAAAACGAAGUUUUGUCCUCCAACGUGUCUUGGCACCACGUCGAACAACGCUUCGACAUCCAGAACAGCAGCAGAUUCUCUAUUUACACGGCCGUGCUCAACAACAUGACCUCAGUCUCCAGCCUCACCAUCUACAACAUCACUUCGGGUGAUGCGGGUGAAUAUGUUUGCAAACUGAUACUAGAUAUUUUUGAAUAUGAGUCCAGAAAAAAAAUAGAUGUGACUCCCAUCCGGAUUUUGGCAAAUGAGGACAUGAAGGUGAUGUGUGACCAUCCUGUGUCUUUGAACUGCUGCAGUGAGAGUAAUGUUAAUUGGAGCAAAGUAGAAUGGAAGCAGGAAGGAAACAUAAGCAUUCCAGGAAACCCUGAAACAGACGUAGAUUCUAGCUGCAGUAGAUACAUCAUCAAGGCCAACGGAACCCAAUGCCCAAGCGAGUCAUCUGGAACAACAGUCAUCUACACGUGUGAGUUCAUCAGUGCCCAUGGAGCCAGAGGCAGUAAGAGCAUAAAAGUGACAUUCACCUCUGUGGCUAACCUAACAAUAACUCCGGACCCAAUUUCUGUUUCUGAGGGACAAAACUUUUCUAUAAAAUGCAUCAGUGAUGUGACUACCUAUGAUGAGGUAUACUGGAAUACUUCUGCUGGAAUUAAAAUCUAUCAAAGGUUUUUUACCACGAGGAGGUAUCCCAGUAGAGCAGAGUCAGUCCUGACAGUCAUGACCUCGACCAGAGAGUGGAAUGGAACCUAUCAUUGCAUAUUUAGAUAUAAGAAUUCAUACAGUAUUGCAACCAAAGAUGUCAUCGUUCACCCGCUGCCUCUAGAGCCAAACAUCAUGGUUGAUCCCUUGGAAGCUAGUGUUCCAUGCAGUGGUUCCCAGCACAUCAUGUGCUGUAUAGAGGAGGAUGAAGACUACAAAGUAACUUUCCAAAUGGGUUCCUUGUUCCUUUCUGCAGCAAAAGAAGUUAACGGAAAACAAGUGUGCUACAAACACCAUUUCAAUGCAAACUCAGUUUCCUGGUGUUCAACAACUGUUGAUGUGUUUUGUCACUUUACCAAUGCCGCCAAUAGUUCAGUCCAGAGCCCAUCUAUGAAGCUCAAUCUGGUUCCUGGGGAGAACAUCACAUGCCAAGAUCCCAUAAUAGGUGUCGGGGAACCCGGGAAAGUCAUCCAGAAGCUGUGCCAGUUCUCAAACGUCCCCAGCAGCCCAGGCAGUCCCAUUGGUGGGAUCAUCACUUAUAAAUGUGAAGGCUCCCAGUGGAAGGAGAAAAGAAAUGACUGCAUCUCUGCCCAAAUAAAUAGUCUGCUUCAGAUGGCCAAGGCGUUGAUCAAGAGCCCCACUCAGGAUGAGAAACUCCCUACAUACCUGAAAGAUCUUUCUGUUAGCACAGACAAGAUGGAAUGGGAAAUUAGCUCAUCUCCUGGGAGCCUAGGAGCUGUUAUUAACAUCCUCGAUCUGCUUUCAACAGUUCCUACCCAAGUAAAUUCAGAAAUGAUGACGCACGUGCUCUCUACAGUUAACAUCAUCCUUGGCAAGUCCAUCCUGAACACCUGGAAGGUUUUACAACAGCAACGGGCCAACCAGAGUUCACAGCUACUGCAUUCAGUGGAAAGAUUUUCCCAAGCACUACGGGCAGGAGACAGCCCUUCUCUGUCCUUCUCCCAAACGAAUGUGCAGAUGAGCAGCAUGGUCGUAAAAUCUAGCCACCCUGAAACCUACCAACAGAAGUUUGUUUUCUCAGACUCUGACCUCUGGGGCAAUGUGGUCAUCGACAAGUGCCAGUUGGAAAACUUGCAGCCUGAUUCAUCUAUUGUCACCGUGGCUUUCCCAACCCUCCACACCAUCCUUGCCCAGGAUAUCCAGGGAAAGAAUUUUGCAGACAGCUUAGUGAUGACAACCACUGUCAGCCACGAUAUAACCAUGCCAUUCAGCAUUUCGAUGACUUUUAAGAAAAACAGCCCUCCGGGCGGGGAAGCCAAGUGUGUAUUCUGGAACUUCAGCCUCGCCAACCACACAGGGGGUUGGGACAGCAGUGGGUGCCAUGUCGAAGAAGGUAACGGGGACAAUGUUUCCUGUAUCUGUGACCACCUAACAUCAUUCUCCAUCCUCAUGUCCCCUGACUCCCCAGACCCCAGCUCUCUCAUGGGAAUACUACUGGAUAUUAUUUCUUACAUUGGGUUGGGCUUUUCUAUCUUGAGCCUGGCGGCCUGUCUGGUUGUGGAAGCUGUGGUGUGGAAAUCAGUGACAAAGAACCGGACUUCCUAUAUGCGCCACAUUUGCAUAGUGAACAUCGCCGCCUCCCUCAUGAUCGCCGACACCUGGUUCAUUGUGGUUGCUUCCAUCCAGGAUAAUCACUACGUACUCUGCAAGCCAGCCUGUGUGGUCGCCACCUUCUUCAUCCACUUCUUCUACCUCAGUGUCUUCUUCUGGAUGCUGACGUUGGGCCUCAUGCUGUUCUAUCGCCUGGUUUUCAUUCUGCACGAGGCGAGCAAGUCCACCCAGAAGGCCAUUGCCUUUUCUCUUGGCUACGGCUGCCCCCUUGCCAUCUCAGUCAUUACAGUGGGGGCCACCCAGCCACAGGAAGUCUACACAAGGAAGAAUGUCUGUUGGCUCAACUGGGAAGAUACCAAGGCCCUACUGGCCUUCGCUGUCCCAGCACUGAUCAUUGUGGUGGUGAAUGUGACCAUCACCGUGGUGGUCAUUACCAAGAUCCUGAGGCCUUCCAUUGGGGACAAGCCAUGCAAACAGGAGAAAAGCAGCCUGUUUCAGAUCAGCAAGAGCAUCGGAGUCCUCACGCCACUCUUGGGGCUCACUUGGGGUUUUGGUCUCGCUACUGUGUUCCCAGGGACCACCCUUGUGUUUCAUGUCAUAUUUGCCCUCCUCAAUGCCUUCCAGGGAUUAUUUAUUUUACUCUUCGGAUGCCUCUGGGAUCUCAAGGUACAGGAAGCUUUGCUGAAUAAGUUUUCAUUGUCGAGAUGGUCUUCACAGCACUCAAAGUCAUCAUCCCUAGGUUCAUCCACGCCUGUGUUUUCUAUGAGUUCUCCAAUAUCAAGAAGAUUUAACAAUUUGUUUGGUAAAACAGGAACGUAUAAUGUUUCCACCCCAGAAACAACCAGCUCAUCCCUGGAAAACUCAUCCAGCGCUUAUUCGUUGCUCAACUAAGAACAGGAAAAUCCAACCCAUGCAACCUCGUGGGAACAGGGGAUGUGCUUUGAAAAAGAAAGCCUUUCAAAGCUACGGGUAACAUGUUCUUUGGGCAGACUUCUGGGAGCAGAGGCCAUAAAGACUUUUUCAUUAGAAACAAGGCUUUCUUUUGUAAAGACUGACUAAAAAGUAAUUGUUAUGUUUAUUUUUUGUUUCCCCUUCUCCCUUGUGUGAUAACCACAUGUGUAUAGUAUUUAAGUGAAACUCAAGUCCCCCAAGGUCCAGCUUCUUUGUCUAUAUUGUAAUAUAGAAUUUUGGAGAGACAUUUUUGCUUUUCACAUGUUGGGCACAAAGAUAAGCUUUGAAUAAAAUAAUAAGUAAAAGGCUAGUACCUAGGAAAUACUUCAAUGAAUUCUAAGAAGGAAGGAAGGAAGAAAGGACAGGAGGGAAGUAGAAAAAAUAGAAAAAG